AUGCGGUGUAUUUUGGUGCUUUGUUUGUGUGUGGUGAAAUUAGCAUCGAGCAUAGAACAUGAUUUUAAAGGAUUUGACGAUACCAUAUUAUUUGGGAUCAACUGGCCGGGAAACCAGGAUAUCCAGCACCUAGUCGAUGGGGAAGUAAAUAAACUAGAGCUACCGAAAAAAGAGAUCUUGAAAGUGACGACUGCAAAUAAGGAAAGCUAUGAGUGCCGAAUACCUGAACUUCGUGAUAAAGAAUCGACUAGUAUCGAAGAGUAUGAAGGUCCAUCUCCCUUGACUCUUCUGAAGCCAUUAUUCUCUCAAAAAAUAUGUUCAUACAGACUCGAGAGUUAUUGGAGUUAUGAAGUGUGCCAUGGAAGAUAUAUUCGACAAUACCACGAAGAAAGAGAUGGUAAACAAGUAAAAACUCAGGAAUAUUAUCUUGGUCAUUGGAGUACCGAGAAACAUGCGAAGCUUGAGGCUGAAGUUAAGGCUGCUAAGGAGAAGAAGGAGCCCUACAGGAUAACCACAGUUGAUGGUGCAAAGUUGGCUUCCGUGGAAAUGGUGUUGGAUGAUGGUACUGUAUGUGAUUUAAGUGGCAAACCUCGUCUAACAAGAGUCCUAUAUGUAUGCUAUACUUAUGGAAAACACGAAGUCUACUCAUUCAAAGAAACUUCUACUUGCGAGUAUGAAAUCAUUAUUCUAUCUCCCUUACUUUGUGAACAUCCACAAUUCAGGCCAAAUGAGUUGAGGGAGAACAUCAUAGACUGCCUACCAGUCGGCGACGCUCCAAAAAAACCAAGGAGUCUCUUGCAAAUGGAGGUUGAAAGUCGAAGGUUCCAUCACCAGACUGUACGCAUGUUGAACACAGAUAACGAUCCUAAGGAUGUACUAGCUGUGUUGAAAGUUGAGAAAAUUGAUAAGGAUGGUGAAACACAUCUUAAAUUUGAGCUGCACCCAUUGAAUGAAGAUGAAGAUUUAGUUGAAGAUAGCAAGCCGCUGUUGUCUGAUAAACCGGCCCCUGUCAUAACAGAUGACUCGCCUGUGAGAGCGUUCCUGAAUGGGGAGAAUUGUCUCAAUGGUGGUACUGGCUGGUGGAAAUACGAGUUCUGUUACGGCAAGCACGUGGUCCAGUACCACGUGGACCGCACGGGAGAGAAGACCACACUAUUGUUAGGCAAGUUCGACGAGAAGGCCCAUCUCGACUGGAUCAAGGAGAACAAGGGAAAGGCGCCUAAACCUGUUGAAUACCGCACAUCAGUGUCACACUUCUACUCCAAUGGAGAUGUCUGCGAUAAAACAGGCAAGCCUAGACAGACUGAAGUUAAGCUAAAAUGUCUAGAAAAUUCUUCUAGUCCAGCUCAAGUUUCCCUAUACCUAUUGGAACCUAGAACAUGCCACUACAUUCUAGGCGUUGAGUCCCCACUCAUAUGUGAUAUACUACCUUUAGCCGACAACACAGGUCUUAUCAAAUCUGUCAAGACGGUCCUAGAAAGCCCGGAGGCCACACAAGAAAAAAAAGAAGAAGAAAUCAAGUCAUUUAAGGAAAAAAAUACUGAAAAGUAUGGCAAUGAUUGA